CUCUCUCUGCAGAAUGGUCCAAGGAGCUCAUCAGACUCGUCCUUCAUUAAUUCAUCUGUCUCUUCGCUUUUCUCCUUCAAAGCAUCACGCUUCAGAAAGAGAGCUGUGUUCAUGCCAAAAUGGGAUGCGGAAAUUCCUCAGCCACCAGGACAACAGCGGGAGGUGAGUGUCCUGCAGAAGCAGUCAAAGAUGUGACAGAAGAACCAUCACCAGAUGAUGAGAAACGAAGGAACUAUGGAGGCGUGUAUGUGGGGCUUCCCGCUGACCUGACCACAGCUGCCAGCCAAUCAAAAUCAACAUGUAAAGAACACAAAAGAAGAUAUUUUGAAGAAUGUCGGUUUCCACCGCCAUUGACUUCCAUUGUAUGAACACAAAACCAUUGAGACAUGUCUCACGAUAUCAUCUUGUGCUGUACAGAAGAAAGUCACACUUUAAAUGACACGAGGAUGGAUGAUGAGAGAAUUUGUAUUUUACAGUGAACUGUCCCUUUAAGUAAAGAUGAAUGAUGUGUUUAGUUGUUAUUGUACUAUUGUAUGGUAUAGGGUGCAUUGUAUGUAGAUUGCUAUUGUAAGUACAGUAUAUCAAAACAAUGCAUUUAUCACGAACGGAUAGAAAAGUUCAAAUGAUUGCCUGUGGUAAUGGACAGCAGGCCACACAUGCUGUCCAUAGACAUUAAAUUAUUAAUAACCAGGAAUAAUCCUUGAAGGCAGAUUGUGCAAAGAUCUUUCAGCAGUGCUGUGUGGCUGUUCAUAUGUUUUUAUUUCGUGCUCUUGAAUUGUGUGAAGAGCAUUUGUUGAGCAGCAGGUGCUUGUUGUGCCCAAACACGCAAUAGAGAACGAAAAUGUGAUCGGCUACUUUGUUUGUUUUUUUGCAAUAAAACUAAUAAUGCCAGCAGGUGUGUGUGCGUCUCCAAGUGGUCCUUACAAAAAUAACUUCAAAGAUUUCUGUGUGUGUGUGACCUGUCACCAUCACUUUAAUAACACGGUUAAAGACAGCACACACACGUCCUUUAGUUGCAUGACUUUUCCAAUUAUCGGCAUCUGCUAAACCUCAAAUGAAAUCGAAUCGCUCGUGUUGUGAUGUAA